AUGGGGUCGAAACAUCUCGCCCUCGAUUUCCCCGGAACAAUAUCACUGAAUGGUGCCUUGUGGCUCGCAGUGUAUGGGUUGCUGCUAGCCAUCGCGCUCAAUGUUCUACGCCAACUCCUUCCUCGAAACAAAUCAGAGCCUCCCGUGGUUUUCCAUUGGUUCCCAUUCAUCGGAAGUGCAAUUUCAUAUGGAACUGACCCCUGCAAAUUCUAUCAACAAUGUCGAAAACAGCAUGGCGACAUUUUCACCUUCAUCUUGUUAGGGAAGAAGAUGACUGUCUACCUCGGACUUGAAGGGAAUGAAUUCAUUCUCAACGGAAAGCUCGAAAACCUCAAUGCCGAAGAGAUUUACUCCCCCCUUACUACCCCGGUUUUCGGUCGGGACAUCAUCUACGACUGCCCAAACGCGAAGCUGAUGGAGCAAAAGAAAUUCGUCAAAUUUGGACUCACACAACAUGCUUUGGAAACAUAUUGCCCAUUGAUUGAAAAGGAGGUCGUGGAUUUUGUCAAAGCUUCUCCUGCCUUCAAAGGUCGUUCCGGAACCGUUGAUAUACCAAGCACCAUGGCGGAGAUCACCAUAUUCACCGCGAGCCGAACCCUCCAAGGAGCAGAUGUACGGAAGAAGUUGACUGGAGAGUUUGCAGAGCUCUAUAACGACCUUGACUUGGGCUUCAGACCUCUCAACUUUCUGCUGCCAUGGGCACCUCUACCAAACAACAAACGACGAGACGCCGCGAGAAUCAAAAUGGAGGCUGUCUACAAGGACAUAAUCAACGAACGCCGAAGAUCUACCCACAAAGCUGAGGACAAGGAGCCCGACAUGAUCUGGCACUUGAUGAGCUGCGCCUACAAGAACGGACAACCGGUUCCCGACGAGGAGAUAGCUGGCAUGAUGAUUACGCUUCUGAUGGCAGGGCAGCACUCGUCGUCUUCCAGCAGCUCAUGGAUUAUGCUUCGCCUGGCCUCGCGUCCCGACAUUGUGGAAGAGCUCUACCAGGAGCAGGUUCAAAACCUUGGCUACGACGGGUCCCAACCAUUUCAGUACUCGGACAUCGACAAACUCCCUCUGCUUCAAAAUGUCAUCAAGGAGACACUGCGGGUUCACUCCUCCAUCCACUCCAUCAUGCGAAAGGUUAUGAAGCCGUUGGCAGUACCAAAAACAGACUACGUUGUCACACCGGACCAUGUCAUGGUGGCUUCGCCCAUAGUCUCGCACAUGAGCGAGGAAAACUUCCCCAAUGCACAUGUCUGGGACCCGCACCGUUGGGAAACCCGAGUGGAGGAGGUAGACACAGAUGAAGGCAUGGUUGACUAUGGCUAUGGGGCGGUGAGCAAGGGAAUCAAAAGCCCGUACUUGCCGUUUGGCGUGGGACGGCACCGUUGCAUUGGCGAAAAAUUCGCCUAUGUCAAUCUAUGCACCAUCAUUGGUACCUUUGUCCGGAACUUCAAGUUCAGCACUCUUGACGGCAAGUGCCAUGUCCCGCCAACGGAUUACGCGUCGCUCUUCUCCCGGCCGGAGGCUCCCGCGGCGAUUCGCUGGGAGCGACGAUUCCCGUGA